AUGAUCUGCUUCUUAAAAAACUAUAAGCUCACAAGACCUUUUGAAUACUUGUGAGGAAGCAAAAUGACACACAUUCAAUUUAUAUUAUAUUUUUUAGCUCAGUCUAUAGCUUUCUUGAAUAGCAAUGUGAAUGGUUUCGAAGCUGAAAGUAUCGUUGGUGGAGAAAAAGCCACAAUUGGUCAAUUUCCAUACGUAGUGUCAUUGCAGAAUGCGGGGAUCAAAUUUCCUGAAUACGUGUGUGGCGGAGGCAUUAUUAGCGAUGAGUUCAUCCUUACCGCAGCUCAUUGUUUGUUUAAUGAAAAAGGAUAUUUAUACGAUGUAUCAUAUUUGGUAGAAGCAGGAACUAUCGACUUACAGUCUCCGACGGAAAAAAUUGAAGUAGAAAAAAUCUACAAACCUAAAAACUUUGAAUAUUCAAAAUACGAGUCUGAAGGUUUUCGUGAAUAUUAUAUUUCUGAUAUCGCAGUACUGAAGUUGAAAAAAGGUCUGGCAUUAUCAAGUAAUUGCAAUUUAAGCAAAUUAGAACUACCUAAAAGACCUUACUCACUGUACGUUGAUGAUAGAGCUGUAUUAGCAGGUUUUGGAUACAUUUCGGUUGAUGUAGCGGUCGAUUAUACAACUGGAGAAUUAUAUGAAACAGGUGGAACGGUGGAUGACAAAUUGCAUUAUGCCGAAACCAAAGUAAUCACGAACGACGAGUACGCUAAAGUUUUCGGAUUUGUACCUGUUAACAAAGAUGGUCUUUGUGCCAGGAUAGAACAAGGUGAUCCUAACAAACCUAAGGGAUUGUGUAAUGGCGAUAGCGGUGGCCCGCUUGUUUACAAUGGCACUACUGUUAUUGGAAUAGCAGUAUCCAGUCCUAUGGCGUGCAACGAAACGGUAGAAGCUGGAGUCUACACCAGGGUUUCGUCUUACGUAGAAUUUAUUGAAAAUGCUAUGAAAGACAAUGUUACUGCUGACAUGCAAGUCACGAUGUUAUCCUAAGUUUAUAAUUGUUGAUAAUCUAUUAUUUUAAAUAAGAAGCUAUAUACAAUAAGUUA